GUCCCGGGGGGGGGGGGCGGGGAGACUCCGUGUCCCACGACCGGGGCUGGAGACGGGGCCAAUGGAGCAGGCGGAGCCCAGCGGGGAGCUGUGCGCCCCUUGUGCGGGGCAUCGGACCCGGCCAGCCCCCUAGCCUGGCACUCGUCUCCCCCCCCCCGGGGGCAGGGCAGGUGGGGAUCCGGAUCGGAGCCGGCUUCGGGGCAGAUCGCAGCGAGGAGACCGUCUCCACGGGGCUCCGAAGCAGCACCGGCCCCAGCGCAUCCACUGGGCUCGUGGGACCCAGGACGGGACCUGAACCAGACCGGACCCAGCCCCGGAUCCCCUGGGUCCCAGACCCGCUCGGUGGCUGGGAAGCCACAAGGACCCGAGCCCGGCAGCUCCUGCUCUGGGGAUCCACUCAGAUCAGAACUUAGCUCCGGGGUCAGGGAUCCGGGAUGGGACCCACUGGGAUCCACUCAUGAAAGGAUCCACCUGGGACCCCAGCCUGCGUUCGCUUCAGAUCCCACCCGGGGCUUGAUCCAUCCAAUCACAGGAUCCACUGGGACCGCAGCCUGGUCAGGACUCGGGAUCCACUGGGAUCCUGGAUCUCCCGGGACAACAGGAUUGCCACCGAGCCGGGGGGCCGUAGAUCCCACCCCUUCCCCGGCUACAGGAUCUGCCCUGGGAAUCUGCUUCCUCGCCCUCCCUGCACUGACCUGAGAGAGGCUCCCCAGGAGUCACUGGAUCUGUUGGGAUCCCAGGAGCACUGGAUCUGCCCUGCCCCCGCCCUGGCGGCCCCUUUGGAUAAAGGGGCAGAUCCCUGCACUGGCUCCCCCUUCUGGCGGGGCCGCCUGGAGUCGAGAUGUUCUGGAUUCAUGGAUUCCUUCUUCUGUUCCUACGGAGCUCGACCGGGCUCCAGGGAGAAGCGCCCUCCGAGUGCUUCACGGUGAACGGCGCCGACUAUCGGGGGGCCCAGAACCACACAUCCCCCGACAGCCGGGGCCAGCCCUGCCUCUACUGGAACCAGACCCAGAAGCACGCCUACAACACGGCCAAGUACCCCAAUGGGGAGUGGGGUUUGGGCAGCCACAACGCCUGCCGGAACCCAGACGGGGACGUCCAGCCCUGGUGUUACGUCCUUGAGACCGAGGAGGGGAUCUACUGGAAAUACUGCGACAUCCCCAGCUGCCACAUGCCUGGGUACGUCGGCUGCUUCCUGGACUCAGGCAACCCCCCAGCACUGAGCGGUAGCAGUGGCACCUCCAGCAAACUGACCAUCCAAGUCUGCAUCCGAUAUUGCCGGAAGAGAGGCUACAAGUUCGCUGGUGUGGAGGCCGGAUGCGCCUGCUUCUGCGGCAGUGAGGGGGACCUGCGGUGGGCCCAGCCCGUGGGGGCCGUGGAGUGUGACCAGGUCUGCUUCGGCAAGGCCAGCGAGCUGUGCGGGGGGGACGGCCGCAUCGGGGUCUACGAUGUGUCUGUGGGGGCCUGCCAGGGGAACUUCAGUGCCCCCUCCGGGGUCAUCUACUCCCCGGAUUUCCCGGACGACUACGGCCCCGACAGCAAUUGUUCCUGGAUCCUGCGCCCGCCGGGCUCCAGCGCCGUGGAGCUCCGCUUCCAGAUCUUCGAGAUCCGGGACCCCAACGACCGGCUGGAGCUGCAGGAUGGGCACAGCCGCCGCCUCCUGGCGCAGUUUGAUGGGCAUCACCGCCCCGGCCCUGGCCUCCUCCUCCCCACCGACGUCCUUGUGCUCAGCUUCCGCUCCGACCAGCUCCUGCAGGCCCAGGGCUUCGCAGUGGCCUACCGGGGGGUGAAGGGUCCCAUGCUGGAGACCUCGGAGGGUGACUCCCAGACGUUGCCCAGUAACCUACUGCAGCCAACCUUCACGGACCAAUUCAACUCCAGCUGGACCCGCAGAGCCGAUGACAUAACCAUCGGGGCAGGAGGAUGGAUGAUGUACACAGCUUCAGGGGCCUUCCUCCUCAUGCUCCUCAUCAUCUCAUACCACCUGCGGAAGAGGACCUGCCUGUUUGUGCAGAAGAAGAGCGGGGGGCUGCCUGGCUCCUUCUCCUCCGCCACGGGCCCCCGGUGCCGAUGCCAGUGCCUGGCGGGGGAGGCCUGGGCUGUGGCCUAUCGGCACACGGGGGUGCUGAUCUGCACCGGCCACCACUCCCGGCACCCGCCUCCGCUCCCCGGCUCAGACGACGAGGCUGCCUCUGACUGCACCUGCCUGUGUCACAGCUACGAGAACCUGGCGCCCACCAGCCAGUCCUCCCUCAAGUCGCUCCUGUCCCCAAGCUGAGCUGGGGGGUGGGCGGACCACCACAGGACUCCCCUCCAGAGCCAGGGGGCAACUCCAGAACGACUGCUUCGGAGAAGAGCUGGGGGGACCCCCGAAACGCGCAUUCAUGCCCCCAGUGUCUGCUGUCCCCUGCAGCCCCCAACUCCACAGAGACCCCAGAAACGGGGGUUUAUGCCUCUCCGCUGUGUGCUGCCACCUGCCAUCCCUGAGCCCCACAGAGAGACCCCAGAAAUGGGGAUCACACUCCCCAAUGUCUCAUGCUGCCCUGGAGCGCCACUGCCCUACGAAUGGACCUCUCCACCCAAAAUGGGGUGUCUGACUCAGUGUCUGAAACAACUUCUGCAGCCUAACCAAAUCACCGGACACGUCAUCUGAGUUGGGAUGGGUGGCCCUGUCUAAUGCUCUCCCCCGGGCCCCAUUGAUGUACCCCAAAAUGGGCUUUGUGCCCCCCCAGUGCCUAAUGCUAUGGCCACCCCUCGAUGAUGAUGCUGGUUUGACCCACUGAAAGAAGUGGCUCCAAUCCAGCCCCAAGGCAGGGGACUGGCUGCUCAGGGGGGCGUGGGAUGGGACACGGGGCCUUGCCCUCAAGCAGAUGUAGAAGUGUAGCCCCAUGCCAAGGGGCACCUAUGGACACAUAUGGAGAGUAGCAGGGAGGGACUGGCUUGCACAGCCGCUGUGGAUGGGGUGUAGCUCCCCUGCAGGGGGUGCUGUGUCCCAUGUAAGAUGCACGAAUACAUCCCCCUCCCCAGGGAUCUGCAGUGACAUGCCCUGAACCAGCAAGAAAGAAGAUAUGAGAAUGAUCCAGAUUAAAUUAUUUUACAUAUG